UUCAACAUGGCGAAUGUCAAACACACUGAAAAUAUAUAACAGUCCUAAUUUUAAUAAACCUUAUAUAAGGCCUAUUAGUGCCUGGCUUUAUAGAACUGAUUGUCAUUUGUGCAGUUUCCAUGUAACAUAUGGCUUCAAUGGCAGCAGGGCAUGUUUCUGCGCCAUUGAAAAGAAAGGAAAUCUACAAAUAUGAUGCACCUUGGACUUUGUACAGUUUGAGCUGGAGUGUAAGGCAAGAUAAACGAUUUCGUCUCGCUCUCGGUAGCUUUGUUGAAGAAUAUAAUAACAAGGUGCAAGUUAUUCAACUGGAUGAAGAAGCUGGUGAGUUUUCUGUAAAAGGUCAAUUUGACCAUCCUUAUCCAACCACAAAGAUUCUAUGGAUUCCUGAUAAUAAAGCCAUCUAUCCUGAUCUUGUUGCAACCUCAGGAGAUUACUUACGUGUUUGGCGCAGUGAAAAUGACUGUCGUCUGGAAUGUCUUUUAAACAAUAACAAGAAUUCAGAUUUUUGUGCUCCUUUGACAUCAUUUGACUGGAAUGAAAUAGAUCCAAAUCUUAUUGGAACAUCCAGCAUUGAUACAACUUGUACAAUAUGGGGUUUGGAGACAGGUCAAGUUCUGGGACGUGUUAAUAUGGUCUCAGGGCAUGUAAAGACCCAGCUCAUAGCUCAUGAUAAAGAAGUUUAUGACAUUGCAUUUAGUCGUGCUGGUGGUGGCAAAGAUAUGUUUGCUUCUGUUGGUGCAGAUGGUUCUGUAAGAAUGUUUGACUUAAGGCAUCUUGAACAUUCUACAAUAAUUUAUGAAGAUCUUCAAAGAGAGCCAUUGUUACGAUUGGGCUGGAAUAAGCAAGAUCCCAAUUAUUUGUCCACUUUUGCUUUGGAUGCCACUGAGGUGAUUAUUCUUGAUGUGCGAGUUCCUUGUACUCCAGUUGCAAGAUUAAGUAAUCAUCGUAGUUGUGUUAAUGGUAUUGCUUGGGCUCCACAUUCCUCGUGUCAUAUUUGUACUGCUGGGGAAGAUCGUCAGGCGUUAAUAUGGGAUAUUCAACAUAUGCCUCGCGCUGUGGAAGAUCCAAUCUUGGCGUACAAGGCUGAUGGUGAAAUCAAUCAAAUUCAAUGGGCAAGUACUCAACCAGACUGGAUUGGUAUUUGUUAUAACAACUCUUUAGAAAUACUUCGUGUAUAAUUUAAUCGACUAAAAACAGGAUUUGUGUAUUGUUUGUGUUUAGAAGUAUCGUUAAAGAAUUUGACGUUUUUUUCAGCAAUAUUUUGGGUUUUUUUAAAUAUAGUUAGUUUAUCAGGUUUUAUUCCAAUAAUAAAACAACUACAUAAGUAUA